UCCUUCCGCCAAUCAGCGUUUGUUUUUAACCUUGCUGUAUUGUUUAAUAUGACAUCAGCUUCAUGGGCCGAAACGAUAUGCGUCUGGUUUUAAUCUGAAGACAUUAUUUUAGGGUAAACAUGAACUAUUGUCGUUUAGCGGUACCUCAUCUGAACACCAGCAUGCUGCGUUUGGGGGCGGAUAUCGUCAGAUCGUCGUCAUGUUUCCACAAGGUCGGUGGUUAGCCACAAGCUAGCCUCCAUGGAUGGACUCAUUCAUGAACAUAAUGUGAAGCUCUGCAUCACUUCAGAAGAAGAGACAUGGAGAGCUUCACAGACUGGGCAUAGAAAGAGGAUGACCUGAGCUGUCCUUAGAUACAAUUCUACUCUGCGUCCUGCAUCCGGUUAAUAUGAAACACAAAAUGGACACUUGUUCCAGAGAGCGUUCCCAAGGCCGGGAGUCCCACGGGGGGAGCGUCCGUAGCCUCAGCUCAGGACCCGCUUCGCCGCCCGCCCCGGGGCUGGGCACCUCCCCCCAGAGCACGGACCCUGAACCCCGCCCGGCCACCCCUCCCUGGAGCCCAGACCAGGGGCCCCCGCCCGCCCCCACCCACUGCUGCAUGAGCGGCUGUCACAACUGCGUGUGGAUCGAGCACGCGGAGCGGCUGCUGGCCUUCUACCAGGACGGCGGGGACCGGGCGCUGGAGGCCAUCGAGGAGAACGUGGUGGACGAGAACCUCAAGGCGUACCUGAAGAUGGAGAUCAGGCUGCUGAAGAAGCAGUGACGGACGAUGGGACUGGGCAGCCGAAUGGGCAGCCGAACCCUUGUUGUGGGAGGAUUUAGUGCAAGGAGGGUUUUUAUGGUCGUACUUUGAAUGCACUUUAAAUGUCUUAUUUUAUUAAUAUAUUUUAAUGUGUGUCAACUUGGUCGGUUUAUUUUCUUAUUUGAAUCAAGGAUUGUGUGAACAGUACACCUGGGUGUGAGAGCAGUCGCCUAUAGAAAUGCAUAGAUGCUAUAAUGUGUCCAAGACUAUUACUUCUGUUCCAAAUGUGUUUAUCCCGCCUAGCUCUCCACAGACCAGUGUUGGGUUGAGUCGUCCAGCGUCUCACGACCCCCCAAAGGGACGCCUGCAUUAUGUUCCAUAUUGCAGGCGUCUCUUCAUGUCCGUCAAUCUUAUUGAUGCCAACUGCCAACCCCAAUGGCUCCUGGUUAUCUGUAACCUAAGGCCGUGAACUUCACAUUUUUAGACCUUUACAUUUCUAUUGAAUUAAGUGCAUUCAUUAGUUAUCUAUUGCCCUCAUGGUUCCAUCGUGAGUUACAUUUAAUAAUUGCCUGUUUAUUUUUUUAUUUUUUUAUUUAUCUAUUAAAUUAUUUGAUAUUAUUUUA